UUGGCAUGGCAAAAUAAAGUGGGGCUUAGCUACCUGUCUUCCAGCAAUUUCGAGCGCUGCUAUAACAGACAGCAGGUCUGCUGGCAGCACCAGAGUCUUUCGAUAUGUCACGAACGCACAAGAAGCAAAGCAAUCGGUACCUUUGUCUAUCUAAUCAUAAGCGGUAUCCUUGGCAUGGGCCUAGAUACUAAAGCAGUUCUUUUUAGUGCACCAGCAGGAUUUAAGCCCGCGUCAGCUUAUCCUUCUCAUCCAGAAGACAUUUCGUGUAGAAAUUAUUAUCUAAUCGGACCAUUCUUAGACCCCAUGGCCGUCCUACCUUCUGAUGGAGAUUGCGAGGAAACUGUUGUCAGGACAUCUCUGCCCGGAAUGCUUGAAAACCUCUGGGUAGUUAUUGUUAUUACUUUUGUUGAUUGA